GUCGCGUCGGUUUGAGUUCGUCUGAAUUCCAAGCGUGGAAGCUUAAUCUUUAAUGACAGCAUAGCAAUGAAAUGGAUACCGAUACCUGCCUUUAAUGAUCGUGGCUAAACAUCCGAUGAUCACGUUCAAAGCUCUAAAUUUCUAUUCGCGUUUUGUUUUGUUGGUUUCGAAGUUUAAACCCGAAAGACCCGAAAGAACAGUCGCAACUUCAUCGUAACAAACAUUCUUUUUUAUAUUCUUUUUUUUGCAAUUCCUCACCUUCGUCUCUGCUGGUUUCGAGAACGGUGGGAAAUUAGCCGGUUCCUUCGUCGUUCCCUUACCCGUUCUUUAUACACAUGCCUUCUUCUGCAUUCCCCUGCCGGUGAUGCCCUUGCUAGGCAUGGGCAGUUGGACGUUGGCCAUCUCCCACAAAACGAUAAAUCAUGGCGCUCUUACCAGGUUGAUUGUGUUAUUCGCGCUGUUGGUGUCAUGGGUGGGUUUGGUGGAGGCGAUGCGCCCCAGUCGCAUUGCCGAGUUGAGGCAGGAGACGGCCGACAUGUUCUAUCACGGCUUCGAUAAUUACAUGAAUAUUGCCUUUCCCGAAGACGAGUUACGGCCCGUCUCUUGUACGCCGUUAACUCGAGAUCCUCUAAAUCCCCGAAAUAUUGCGCUUAAUGACGUCCUUGGGAACUACUCACUCACCCUCAUCGAUAGUCUUUCGUCCCUUGCCAUACUUGCCUCUGCUCCGCCCGAUAGUAAAAAUACUGGACCGAAAGCCUUAAGUGAUUUUCAAGAUGGUGUAGCUGCGUUGGUCGCACAAUAUGGUGAUGGUCGGCCCGGUCCAUCAGGUCAAGGUGCUCGUGGUCGUGGGUUCGAUGUUGACAGCAAGGUCCAAGUCUUCGAGACUGUGAUAAGAGGUGUUGGUGGACUGCUUAGUGCCCACCUUUUCGCCGUUGGGGAGUUGCCCAUUGCUGGUUAUAACCCACGGAUAGUACUCAACGAUGAUGGUGAUAGCGAUAUAGAAAAACAUCCUAUCCCCUGGCCGAAUGGGUUCAAAUAUGAGGGGCAGUUGUUGCGACUUGCUCUUGACUUAGCUCAACGCUUACUUCCAGCCUUCUAUACCCAGACCGGGCUACCUUACCCACGUGUUAACCUUCGUCAUGGGAUACCGUUCUAUCUGAACUCACCACUUCACGGAAAUAAUCUAGAUUCGAAGCCCGCCGAAGAUACCCCCGAAAUCACCGAAACUUGCAGUGCCGGGGCAGGUAGUUUGGUGUUGGAAUUCACCGUGUUGAGCCGCCUCACUGGGGACCCGAGGUUUGAGCAAGCAGCUAAGAGAGCAUUCUGGGCUGUGUGGUCGAGAAGAAGCAACAUUGGCCUUAUUGGAGCCGGCGUAGAUGCCGAAGGAGGUCACUGGAUUGGGGGAUUUUCCGGGAUCGGCGCCGGGAUUGACAGCUUCUUUGAAUAUGCUCUGAAGACUCAUAUCUUGUUGUCUGGCCACGAGUUGCCGAACCGGACGAUGCCUCAAGGUCAUGACGGGGACUGGCUUGACCCAAACCAGAUAUACCAUCCACUUACAGAUGAGGAUAACUCUGCUGAUUCUUUUCUGGAAGCCUGGCACCAUGCUCACGCUGCUAUCAAGCGACAUCUUUAUUCCGGUCUACAUCAUCCGCACUAUGUGAAUGCACAUAUGUCUACAGGUUCACCGCAGGCAUAUUGGAUUGAUAGUCUAGGCGCAUAUUACUCCGGCUUGUUGGCGCUCGCCGGGGAGCUCGACGAAGCUAUUGAAACGCAUCUAGUCUACACUGCUCUCUGGACCCGAUACUCCGCCCUCCCAGAGCGAUGGUCCGUACGCGAUGGUCAUGUCGAAGGAAAUCUCGGCUGGUGGCCUGGUCGUCCAGAAUUCAUCGAAUCCACGUAUCAUUUGUAUCGUGCUACUCGAGACCCGUGGUACCUUUAUGCGGGAGAAAUGGUCUUAAAAGAUAUCAACAGGCGAUGUUGGACAAAGUGCGGUUGGUCCGGCUUGCAGGAUGUGCGCACUGGAGAGAAGAGCGACCGAAUGGAAAGCUUCUUCCUCGGAGAAACUGCCAAGUACCUAUACCUCUUAUUUGACCCAGACCAUCCCCUAAAUAAGCUUGACGCUUCAUACGUAUUCACGACGGAGGGACAUCCGUUGAUUAUCCCUCGAAAGAAGGCACAUCGUCCAGUCCGUCAACCAGUACCUGAAAGAGCUGUCCAACCCUACUUUGAUGCUCAAUUCACCAAUACCUGUCCUCGUCCUCCAGCUCUGCCUCCAUUGACCAGUUCAGCCGUUGCUGCGAGACCUGACUUCUAUAACGCAGCAACUCUGAUACGACUCCACCAAAUUCCUAAUAUACACGGUAGACUGGAGACUCCUAUCCCAAAGUUAGGUGAUUCAAAGUCACAGAUAAGGCUACCAGAGAGACCAAGGGAAAAUUAUACCUACUUCCCUUGGACACUUCCUCGUUCCAUGAUUCCAGCCGACGGAGUCUGUGCAGUAACAAAACAGGCCCAGACGUCAGUAAUCGAAUUCCCUUCUGGUUCUCAGCAAUCUGUAGGCAGUGCCUUCAACAUCAUGUUCGGGGGCCAUAAUCUCGUUCGUAUGGGAAGCGAGGGCAUUGCAAUUAAUAGUCUAGCUGGCUUAAAGCUAGCUCUACUUAUGGAAGAGUCUCCAGAGACUGAUCGGGCUUGGAGGGUCUACAGCAUCGGUAGCUUACCUCUAGGUCGCGACGAAAAGGUCUUCAUCACUCGCGAUGUCCUCGAGGACAUGUCUGAUCCGCUAUUUCAUCGUGUCCGUGACUCAGUUAUAGUCGACAUUCUUCUACAGAUCGAAGUUCCUCCGGAACCAUCAGAGCAUAACUCUUCCUCCACGGAUCCAGAACCUCCCCUCGAAUCACAAUCUACUAUGGAGCUCGAAAGCGACUCCGCCGUUGGCAUGUUUAGCUCUUUCCUGCAGCAGAUCACAUCCGUCCUACGGGAGCCUGUCGCCACCUUUGGCCCAGAACCAGUGCCUCCGCCGGUAUUCAAGUACGUUGAGUUGCCUGCCAUCACACCCGUCGGCAAAGGCGCUGCUCCCUUACCCGACGUCCGUGAGGCGCCCAACCCACAAACGAACGGGGUUAUCGAAUCGCUCUCGUGGCAGCGCGUCUUUUUCGCCGGUUACGCCUGCGAUGGCAAAUUACCCGACGCAGCGCCCCGUGCUCACCAAGUCAUCGUUAUGCGUCGUGGUGGCUGCUCGUUCUCACAGAAACUGGCGAAUAUUCCCUCGUUCGCACCAGCAAGGAAUGCGCUGCAACUCGUGGUCGUGGUUUCAGACGAUAAGGUCGACGAUGAUGACGAUGACAUAAACGAAUAUCAGAACGAGAAGAAGGGUAGUGGUAGGGGUGCCGGGGAAAGGGAUGCGGCAAACGUGGAUUUCAUCAGGCCCCUGCUAGACGAGACGCAGAAGACGCCCGCGGGUAUAUAUCGCCAUCGGCCUAUUGCUAUGCUGAUGACCGGCGGCGGCGAGGAGGCGUACGAAUUGUUGAAGACGACGAGGAGUUUGGGGCUCAGGAGGAGGUAUCAUGUUGAGAGUCAGGGACUGAAGAUAAGUAACUUGGUUGUGCUAUGAUUGGUCAUUGUGAGAUACUGGGGGGUGGAGCUAUAUAGGUUUAAAGCUAUGAUGAUGGCGCGGUUGUGUCGUGCUGUUCUGUGCUGUUUGAGAGGGAGGUGGUGGUAUAUAGGGCCUGAUGUAUAUAUUUGACUGGAAAAGCUUGAGGUGUUGGUUGAAUAGAUGAGUGUCGUGCUUAGGUACCGUAGUUGAGUUGAGUUUGGUCGUGAGUCCAAUUGCCUAGAUACCUUAAGUCAUGUAUUACACUU